AUGCCAUUUCUUUCUUUCUUUCUUUCUUUCUUUCUUUCAUUCAUUUCUUUCUUGUUUUCUUUUUUCGUCCUUACCUUCCUUCCUUCCUUCCUUCCUUCCUUCCUUCCUUCCUUUCUUUCUUUCUUUCUUUCUUUCUUUCUUUCUUUCUUUCUUUCUUUCUUUCUUUUCAUUUUAGCUUGUUUCUUUCUUUCUUACUUUUCUUCAAAAGGAUAUCGUAUUUUCUUUCUUUUUUUUAGUUCAUUUCUUUCUUGUUUUCUUUUUUCGUCCUCACCUUCCUUCCUUCCUUCCUUCCUUCCUUCCUUCCUUUCUUUCCUUCUUUCUUUCUUUCUUUUCAUUUUAGCUUGUUUCUUUCUUUCUUACUUUUCUUCAAAAGGAUAUCCUUGUUUCUUUCUUUCUUACUUUUCUUCAAAGGAUAUCUUCAUUUCUUUCUUGUUUUCUUUUUUCGUCCUUACCUUCCUUCCUUCCUUCCUUCCUUCCUUCCUUCCUUUCUUUCCUUCUUUCUUUCUUUCUUUCUUUCUUUCUUUUCAUUUUAGCUUUUCAUUUCUUUCUUGUUUUCUUUUUUCGUCCUUACCUUCCUUUCUUUCUUUCUUUCUUUCUUUCUUUCUUUCUUUCUUUCUUUUCAUUUUAGCUUGUUUCUUUCUUUCUUACUUUUCUUCAAAAGGAUAUCGUAUUUUCUUUCUUUUUUUAGUUCAUUUCUUUCUUGUUUUCUUUUUUCGUCCUUACCUUCCUUCCUUCCUUUCUUUCUUUCUUUCUUUCUUUCUUUCUUUCUUUCUUUCUUUGUUUCUUUUCAUUUUAGCUUGUUUCUUUCUUUCUUACUUUUCUUCAAAAGGAUAUCGUAUUUUCUUUCUUUUUAGUUAA